AUGGUGGGGGGGCGUGAAAACCCGCGCUUAGUCAGCUCUAAACUGACGCCGGGGCGUCAGUGUAUUGGGACCCCAGACUGCCUCGACUGCUUACUAAACAUUGUGCUGGUUGCGCUCGUGGACCUGGUUCACCCACACCAGCAUAUGGAGCUCGCAGGGAUCUUCUGCAUCUGCAUUCAUUCGUUAAGCUGCCCGCACAAAACUCCCCCUCAUCCUUUCUACCAAGAGACCCGACGACCCAACUUGCAUUCCCAACCCCAUAUCCAACGAAAGGCCUCGUCCACAGAUUUCCCUUCACACAUAUACCUAAACCUGCUAUCCGACACCAUGGCAGAAAAGAAGGAAGUCGAGGAAGUCGGUAGGUUCGACCUUCUCGCCCCUCGUGCGAGCUGGUGGGAUGUUUGCUACCCCGCUAUCUGCAUCACAAUGGGCUUGAUUUGCCAGCAGAAGAGCUCCAGCUAGGCUAUGGCAGAUUGACCAGUACUGACUCUCGAAUCUUAGACUACACCCUCAACAACCCCGAUACCCUGACCAAAUACAAGAGCGCUGCCCAGAUUUCGCAAAAGGUCUUGGAAGCUGUCUCUGCCUUAUGUGUUGCCGGCGAAAAAAUUGUCACCAUCUGCGACAAGGGUGACAAACUCUUGGACGAGGAGAUCGCAAAGGUCUACCGUGGAAAGAAAAUUCUCAAGGGUAAAUACACAAUCUCCUGCUAUUUGGGACCUGUCUAGACGGUCUCUGCUAAUGCUUCAGAUCAGGAAUUUCACACCCAACUACCGUUUCCCCAUCCUCAUUUGUCACCCCAUAUACUCCUCUUCUAUCCGAUGAAGCCGAAGCAGCACGAACUUUAGAGGAAGGUGAAGCUGUCAAAAUUCAACUUGGUGCACAGAUUGAUGGUUUUGGAACAAUUGUCUGUGACACCAUCAUAGUCGGUCCCGUCGAAGGUCGUAACGUUGAUCUAUUGUUGGCCACAUACUACGCAAAUGAACUGCUCUUAAGAUUGAUGGUUCCACCUGGACUAUUGGCAACCGGUACGGAUGAGGAGAAGGCUAAAGCUGCCAAGGUCAAGGCUCCAACUCAAAGCAAGAUUACCAGUCUUCUGGAGAAGGUAGUGAAGAGCUACGACUGCAAUCUGGUUGAACACACUACCAGCUGGCAAUUUGAGCGUAAUGAGAUUGAAGGAAAGAAAAAGAUCAUUCUUGCACCAGGUGAUGGUACCAAGGGCGACGGAACUCCCGAGGUUGGUGAUGUUUGGGGUGUUGAGAUGGGUGUCAGUUUGGGCUCCGGAAAGAUCAAGAACUUUGAGAACAGAGCAACUCUACAUCGACGAACUACCCUCACAUAUGCGCUUAAACGACCAAGUUCGAAAAAGAUUCUGAAUGAGGUCGUAAAGAAGUUCGGCACAUUUCCAUUCAGUUUACGUCAGUUGGAGGACGAGAGAGACGCCAAGGUAGGAGUUGUCGAGUGUGUUCGAGGCAACGUCUUUAGACAAUACGAGGUUGUCGGUGAUAAAGACGGAGAGACAGUGGGCCGUCUGUUGACUACCAUUGGUGAGUCCAUAUACAUAAAGUUACUACCAAUAUAUUGCAUACUGAUUAUUAUUUUUAGCAAUCACCAAGAAUGGUCUCCAGAAGCUUGCCGCACCACCUGCUCUUGACUUGUCCAAAUUGAAGACGGAAAAGAAGAUCACUGAUGAGGAAGUUCUCGCAAUUUUGGAGCAGCCUCUCGCUAAGGAGACCAAGGCCAAAUCCAAGUCCAAGAAGAAGAAGCCAGCGAAGAAGGCUGCCGGCGCUGCAGCGGAGAGCAGUGAUGAGGAAUAA